AUGGCAACAACGGUGUUCAACGGCUACUCAAUAAUGCAAAGCAGUAGAUGUCAGCCUGAAAUGGAUAGCAAAGCGAAGCAGGCGAAGGAAAAACCGAACACAUCGAGUCGACACCGCGUAGUAGGUAAUGAGCUGCAAAGCGUGAAACAACAACAGUCCCAGCGACAGCAGGAGCCUUCCCGUGUGCCGGACCGCGCCGAAGCAAACGUAGUGCCGACACAGCCGCAACCAGGAGCCAUCAUCGGUGACACCAGCAGCAGCAGCAACCGGACAGCAGGACCAACCCCAGCAACCAACAGCACCAUGAGCGCAUCGUUCAACCGUGACCGUCUUGGGCAGUGGCCCGCCGGAUCAGACGGCGAAAUUGCGGGUUCAAUCGCUGGCUUCGAUCGGCUCCGCAAUGGAAAGUUCAAUAAGGGUCUGUCCUUCAGCAUCGAGGAACGACAGGUGCUGGGUAUUCACGGACUGAUGCCGGCGGUUGUCCGGACGGAGGAGGAGCAGGUGCAGCACUCCAUGGAGCUGCUAAAGCAUUACACCGAUCCGCUGAACAAGUACAUCUACCUGAUGGGUCUGCUGGAUCGUAAUGAGCGUCUGUUCUACCGCGUGCUAGCGUCCAACAUCGGCGAAAUGAUGCCGCUCGUGUACACGCCGACGGUCGGGCUGGCCUGCCAGAAGUACAGCCUGAUCUACCAGCAGCCGAAGGGCAUGUACAUCACGAUCAACGACAAGGGCCACGUGUACGAGGUGCUGAAGAACUGGCCGGAAAGCGAUGUCCGCGCGAUUGUGGUGACGGACGGCGAGCGAAUUCUUGGGUUGGGCGAUCUCGGUGCGAACGGUAUGGGCAUCCCAGUGGGUAAGCUUGCCCUCUACACGGCACUCGCCGGUAUCAAGCCGAGCCAAUGUCUGCCGGUGACGCUGGAUGUCGGAACCAACACGCAGAGCAUCCUGGACGAUCCACUAUAUGUCGGGUUGCGGCAUCGUCGCGUAACUGGACCCUCGUACGACGAGUUCGUGCAGGAGUUUAUGGAGGCGGCCGUCCGCCGGUUCGGCCGCAACUGUCUGAUCCAGUUCGAGGACUUUGCCAACUCGAAUGCGUUCCGGUUUCUCGACCAGUACCGACACGACUACUGUACGUUCAACGACGACAUCCAGGGUACGGCCUCGGUUGCCGUUGCCGGUCUGCUCGCCUCGCUGCGCAUCACCCGCACGAAGCUGGCGGAGAACCGCGUCCUGUUCCAGGGUGCCGGUGAGGCAGCGCUCGGCAUUGCCGAACUCUGCGUGAUGGCAAUGAAGCGGGACGGGCUGAGCGAGGAGGAAGCGCGCCAACGCAUCUGGCUCGUCGACAGCAAGGGGCUGAUCGUGAAGAACCGUCCGGCGGGCGGAAUCAGCGGCCAUAAGCAUCACUUUGCGCACGAGCACGCGCCGGUCGACACGCUGGUGGAAGCGGUCCACGAGCUGAAGCCAACCAUCCUGAUCGGAGCGGCCGCCAUUGCCGGUGCGUUUACGCCGGAAGUGUUGCGCACGAUGGCGGUCAACAACGAGCGGCCCGUCAUUUUCGCACUGUCGAAUCCGACGAGCAAAGCGGAAUGUACCGCCGAGCAGGCGUACGAGCACACGGACGGUCGGGCUGUGUUUGCGUCCGGCUCACCGUUCGCACCGGUUACGUUCGGCGAUCGGACGUUCUACCCCGGCCAGGGUAACAACUCGUACAUCUUUCCCGGUGUGGCGCUGGGGGUGCUGUGUGCCGGUGCGUCCACCAUACCGGAGGAAAUUUUCCUACUGUCCGCGCAGCGGUUGGCCGAAAUCGUCACGGAUGCGGAUCUCGACCGGGGCAGUCUGUAUCCGCCGCUGGAAAACAUCCAGGACUGUUCGAUCAAAAUCGCCACCCACAUCAUGGACUAUGCGUACGCGGAAGGGUUGGCCUGCACGAAACCGGAACCGGACGAUAAGGAAGCGUUCGUGCGCGCACAGAUGUACGACGCGAGCUACAGAUCGGCCGUCCCGUCGGUGUACACCUGGCCGAAGCUGUAA